UGAUUGUGCUGAGUCAUUUUCAGUCCGUUAAACAUUAUUUACUGAGAGCCUGGAAAGGGUGGAUAUAAGGGAAGUUGCCUGAUUGGUUGUCUCUUCAGACUUUGGAGGCGGUAUCAACGCAUGGCUGCAGUCAGCAUCUGGAAGAGGUUACUUACCCUGUUGCUUACUCUGAAAAGUAUUCCAGAGUACAACUGCAACUUGAAAAUGUCUUUCAUAAAAGUAGACGAAGAAUCUCAUUUCUCCUUUCAUAACCUACCUUACGGUGUUUUCUCCACUUCCGACAACCCAAGGCAUCGGAUCGGUGCUGCCAUUGGAGAUCAAAUAUUGGACCUCAGUGCGAUAAAGCACCUUUUCAACGGACCUGCCUUGUCAAAGCAUCCGGAUGUUUUUGACCAGCCAACGUUAAAUGCGUUCAUGAGCUUGGGUCAUGAGGCCUGGAGAGAAGCCAGAAGAUAUUUGCAGAAGUUCCUAUCUGCAAAUGAGAGUAUGUUACGUGAUGACGUGAGCCUUAGGAGCAGAGCAUUUGUGCAUCAGAAUUCUGCGGUGAUGCAUCUUCCGGCAGAGAUUGGUGACUACACUGAUUUCUACUCCUCCAGAGACCAUGCCACCAAUGUUGGGAUCAUGUUCCGUGGGAAGGAGAAUGCCCUUAUGCCUAACUGGCUGCGGCUGCCGGUGGGAUACCACGGCAGGGCCUCCUCGGUGGUGGUGUCAGGCUCUCCGAUCCGAAGACCCACGGGUCAGAUGAGGCCCGAUCCAACUAAGGCCCCGGUCUUCGGUCCCAGCAAGCAGCUAGACAUUGAAUUGGAAAUGGCGUUUUUUGUGGGAGCUGGGAACAAAUUGGGGGAGCCCAUUCCCAUCGAGAAAGCCCACGAGCACAUCUUCGGCAUGGUGCUGAUGAACGACUGGAGUGCUCGGGACAUCCAGGCGUGGGAGUAUGUACCCUUGGGACCUUUCCUGGGGAAGAACUUCGGGACGACCAUCUCCCCCUGGGUCCUGCCUAUGGAGGCACUGCUCCCCUUUGUUCAGCCCAAUGCAGUUCAGGACCCCGAGCCGCUGCCUUAUCUCCGUCACGACGACGCCUACACCUUCAACAUCAACCUCUUUGUGUCUGUGAAAGGCGAAGCAAUGACGGAAGCCGCCACCAUCUGCAAGUCCAACUUCAAGUACAUGUACUGGACGAUGAAGCAGCAGCUGGCCCAUCACACGGUCAAUGGCUGCAAUAUGCGACCCGGAGACCUGCUGGCCUCGGGGACCAUCAGUGGACCGGAGCCCGAGAGCUUUGGCUCGUUGCUGGAGCUGUCAUGGAGGGGCUCAAAAAGCAUUGAUCUGGGCGGUGGAGAGAGCAGAACAUUCCUGAAGGACGGCGAUGAGGUUACCCUUACAGGUUAUUGCCAGGGCCAUGGCUAUCGGGUAGGCUUCGGCCCGUGUCGGGGAACGAUCGUCCCAGCACUGCAGCAGUGAGGCCCAUGUUGCUCCGACAGUGGCCAUCUGUCCCCCCCCCCCCCCCCCCCCAGAGAGGGCAGCGCAGACACCCACAGACACCGGCCGAGAGCAACACAGAAUCUCUGCAGAGCGAGGGCGAACAACCCCUCCCUUAAUGGCCUCUCGUCGCUCUGUUAAUUGAGUGUCACCGCACUGGGAGAUGCAGUUACUUUUUAUUUUUACAGGACCGCCAUUCUAGCAGUAUAGAAAUAUUUAGUGUUAUAAAACAAUUGGGUUCUAUUGAAUUAUUUAGCUGUUUCUGAUUGGACGAGAGACGUUCCAUGAGUUGGAAUAUCCCAGGACAUCCCAACUCGGACUUU